AAAAACGUCAGUCGUCGUGCAAUCGCUGCUCGCGAGUGAACGUGACUACUUGUGUCUCUCUCGUCCCCCACCAACUCGCCGAAGAAUAAUGUAGCAUCUUGUUAUGUUUACGGUCGACGUCAACAACAACGCGUCGUGCACCAGCAGCCAGCGCAGCAGGAAGCAGCUACCGGCAUUCGAAAGUGCGUCCACGGCGGAAAGCGGAGCAGAAGUGGACGUUCGUUAUUAUAAGUGCGACAGGGACAUUGAAGAAUGUCGACUAACGUGGAGAGAUGGUACUUCCACUGGAUCGACUGGCUGAUCUUCGCCCUGAUGCUGAUGAUGUCAGCUGGAGCCGGUCUCUGGCAUUACAGGAAACAUCGAAAUGCAAAUACCGACGAGUAUUUGCUGGGCGGCAAAGACCUCAAACUCUUUCCCGUUUCUGCUUCCUUAGUGGCGAGUUUCAUAUCCGGAAUAACGAUUCUCGGAACGCCUUCGGAAAUUUACAAUUUCGGAACGCAGUACUGGAUCACGAUCAUAUCAUUGGUCUUCUCGGGAAUCGUCGUCGCCAAUGUCUACCUUCCGGUCUUCACCACUCUCAAGCUGCACUCGGCUUACGAGUACCUCGAACUGCGAUUCAACCGAGGCGUGAGAAUACUGAUAUCCCUCAUCUUCGUUAUUGACGUGGUAAUGUACCAGUCGAUAGUCGUGUACGUUCCUGCUUUAGCUCUUAGUCAAGUUAGCGGUAUCAAUAUCCAUCUGAUCGGAUGUAUUGUGUGCGUGACGUGCGUUUUCUACACAGUCAUGGGCGGUCUAAGAGCAGUCGUCUGGACGGAUGCUCUGCAAGUUGGAGUAAUGGUAGCGGCUGUGGUGGUAGUGACCGCUCUGGGCACUUAUCAAGUGGGCGGCCCAUCUAUCAUCUGGCAAAAGGCUACCGACGCGAAUCGAAUUGUAUUUUUAAACUUCGACUCCUCUCCGUACACCAGACACACAGUAUGGACCGUUUUGAUUGGAUCCUUUCUCUAUUCCACUGCCUACAUAGCCGUCAAUCAGACGAUGGUACAACGAUAUCAGUCGCUGUCGAGCACUAAAGUUUGCAAACAAGCAGUGGGCUUGUUUACCAUCGGCACUAUCGUCUUCAUUUCGCUGUGCUGCUGGUGUGGAUUGGUUCUACUGGCGUACUGGUCGUCGCCCAAUUGCGACCCGAGGGCCUCUGGUCUCAUAGUGGCCGAUGAUCAGUUCUUGCCGGCUUUCGUCAUGGAAAUAGCCGGAAAGCUACACGGCAUUCCUGGACUAUUCAUCGCUGGCAUUUUUGGAGCCGCCCUUAGUUCCUUGUCGGUCGGUCUCAACUCCACGUCAGUUGUGCUGCUGGAAGACUUCGUCAAAGGAUGCUUCAAAUUGAAACCCAAUGAGAAGUGGGCGAAUAUAUUUGUCAAGAGCGUCGUCGUGAUCCUGGGCUUGGUUGCUCUAGCUCUAGUAUUUCUCGUGGAAAAACUGGGAGGCGUUCUAUCCGUGACAAACAGUUUAGCUGCUAUCGCUGCCGGAGUGUCCUUUGGAGUCUUCACUCUCGGCAUGCUCUUUCCUUGGACAAACUCUAAGGGUGCAUUUGUGGGUGCCGUUGUAGGAUUUGUGAUAGCCGGAUGGGCGAGUCUCGGCGCUAACGCGGCGAUCGGAGCAGGAUACAUAGUUCCAAAAAAGCUUCCUGUUUCGUUGGACCAUUGUCCUGUCAACAUCUCCGAGAGCUUUUUGAAGCAGUUUGUGCAUUCCAACGAGGAUGACAUCUUCCCACUUUACCGGUUAUCCUACCACUGGUUUGCUGGCCUCGGUACCAUCAUUGUCAUUCUCGUCGGAGGCGCGGUUACUUGGAUGACUGGACCAAUCGAUCCUUCGUCUAUAAACAAGGAUCUGCUAUCUCCUGUGAUACAUAGGUGGCUUCCGGAACCCACCAUCUACAACGAAGUUCAUCUCAGGCGACCCAACGGCUCGUUCAACCGAACAGCAUUGAACUCAAGAAAUAGGCAUUCGAGAAAUAGUAUUCCACUUUCUAGAGUAGAUCCAGAUUUACCAUCCGAGAGAACGGAACUAAGGACACGGAAUUCAGACUCUUGAAUUUGAGCUUAUAAGUAACACGUUGGAGCGUCUUGAAAUCUCUAGGAAAAUCGCCAAAUGUAAAAGAGAGCUCUCUAUUUUCGUAUACCUUCCACUCGGUUUUUAUUUAUAAACUAGUACUUAAAGCGGCGUCGAAAUGGUUUAGCAGGUUAGCCGAUAUCGUAUUCCAAUGUAAUUUAGCGAAAGUAUGGGUGUAUAUACCAAUUGUUUGCUAACUCAUCGAACGCAAAGACUGAAAUUUGAAACUUCAGUUAUUUUUUAUAUGAUGUACGUGAAUAUUUUAUAAUGAUGUGGAAAGUAUUGCACUAUGUUUUGUAUACUAUACUAUGAUAAGCUAGUAUUACUCUACAGAUGAUUUGUACACGCCCUGAACCCAAUAAAUCUAAUAUCCUGUA